CCCUGACCGCCUCAGCUCCCACCAUGGCCGAGACCGCCAAGCUCCAGCUGUUUGUCAAGGCGAGCGAGGACGGGGAGAGCGUGGGGCACUGCCCUUCCUGCCAGCGGCUCUUCAUGAUCCUGCUCCUGAAGGGUGUGCCCUUCACGCUCACCACCGUGGACACACGCAGGUCCCCGGACGUGCUGAAGGACUUCGCCCCUGGCUCACAGCUGCCCAUCCUGCUCUAUGACGGCGACGCCAAGACGGACACGCUGCACAUCGAGGAGUUUCUGGAGGAGACGCUGGGGCCACCCCACUUCCCGAGCCUGGCGCCGCGGUACAGGGAGUCCAGCACGGCGGGCAACGACGUGUUCCACAAGUUCUCCGCGUUCAUCAAAAGCCCGGUGCCCGCUCAGGACCACGCUCUGCACCAGCAGCUGCUGCGCGCCCUCACCAGGCUGGACAGCUACCUCACGUGCCCCCCGCCCCGCCCGCAGACCGUGUGCGCGCACUUCCGCCAGGCGCCCAUCCCCGCGGAGCUGCGCGGCGUCCACCGCUACCUGGACAGCGCGCUGCAGGAAAAGGAGUUCAAGUACACGUGUCCGCACAGCGCCGAGAUCCUGGCGGCCUACCGGCCCGCCGUGCGCCCCCGCUAG